GUACCACUAUUUAUUACCUCGAUACAGGAAGACAUCCCGGACGAACGGCGAAUCGAACAACAACAGGCUUGAUCGGUCACUGGAAAAAGAGGUCGACAUAGCUACCACUACCAGCCGAACAUCAUUUUUGCUGAUAAAGUGAUUCAGAGACGCGUUCUUCUUCGGUUAUCAACUGAGCAUCCCAUUUGUGUUGUCAAAAUGAUCAAGUCUCGAGCUAUUGCGCUUGGCUGUGUUUCCGCGCUGGUGGUAAUAUGUGGCAUCAUCUUGUCCAUACUGCUUCAUUUCAUGGUGGUGAACCUGGUUGAGGGUUACAAAGACAGUCUCACGUUUUCAACGUCUGAGAACCAGUAUGGUUCAUUAAAGACCGUGACCCAGAACAACUACAUAUGGGUAGCUGGCCUUGUGUUCAUUGUUCCUGGAGUUCUUGGCUUCAUUGCUGCCUUUGUCCAGAACAAGUGCAUGCUGGUGACCACCUGCAUCUUCUCUAUGAUCUUCCUGCUGAUCAUGGGCUUAAUGUUUUUCUUCGCUGGAUUUGCUAUAGUCGUUCUCAUCAUGGCUGUUGGGUCCAUCUCGGAGCAGUGUAGAGACACUUAUGAAGGCUGCCAAUGCCUUUCACAGGACAGCAACGGCUACUCCUUGGAGUAUUCUAACACUCCGUUCAAGACUUGUGACUACUUUGCAACCUUGGCCUCCCUGAUCAUCGGAAUCCUGACCAUCAUCGUCAUUGCUUGGGUCAUCAUGCUGGCUGAGUUUGUUCUUGCCUGUUACUACGCUUGUCGCUCCAAGCCCCAGUCUAGCCAGGGCGUUGUGUAUACUCCGGCCCAACAGCCCAUGAUGGCCCCCCAGGGUCAGUAUCCACCCCCACCCUAUGGGAACCAGCAGCAGCCCAUGUACUACGAUGACCAACCUCCUGUCAAAAUGUAAAGGAAGCCACUGUCAUGCAUGCUGGCUGACCACCAGGUUUUUUUGGUUUGUUUGUUUGAUUUUUUUUUUGAGGGUUGAAUUUCUCUGCUGGCCUUUUUCUUGUGACAGCUUUCACUAGCAGAUCUGUCCCAUUUUUUCCACUUUGAAUGAUAAAAGAAACUUUACCAAGCAAAAACUUCCGAGUAUUCUUUCUUAGCCUGAAAUCCCAAUUCUACCUAUAUUGUUACAAUAUGUUCUACUUUCUUGUCUUUUGGUUCAUGACAUGCAUCUUUAAUAAAUGUUUAUAUCUAAUUGUAUUGUAGCGAGUUAACUCAAACAAAAUAAGUAUUUUUCACGUUUCAAUUGGAAUAAAUGUUGCUGUUUCUUGUGUGCUUUUGUCUUCUAAAAUAACUUAUGUUCUGGUAGUAUUUUGUGUGAAGACUAUUAUAUAAUUUGACUUUUAAAGUUUUUGGAGAAAAUUUGGCAACAUCCUACUGUUAGGCAACUUAUUGACAAUAGUCUCAUGUGGUCCUGGUGUGUUCAAGUGCGGUUUCGUUUACUUAUUCGCCAUUUCCCUGUUUCUUAACAGUCUUAAGGCAUCUUUCAGAUACAUAUAUUUUUUUUCUUUCAAAAGUCCAAAAUAUCUGGUCAUAUAUAAAUAUCUAUCUAUCAUUAUUAUAUAAUCUAUUGUAUUCUACAUAUAUACACAUAUAUAUUAUUAUUAUUAUCUGUAUUUUUUGUAGCUUUGCCAUUGCCACUGAAACUUGCUCAUAUUGGUCUAGUUUGAUUUUCCAAAACACUAAGUGUUUUCAUUUCAAACGUGCCAACACUUUCAGAAAGUUGAUUUUUAAAACUUGGAAGUUGUUUUGUGCUUAUGAAAUUUUGUAAAUGAAACAGCAAUACUUCAAAAUUUUAGUUAAUAUAUUUACGAACCUUAUUUUAGAGGGUAUAUUGCUUUUGUUGGUUUCAUUAUUGAAGAUAUGUCAGAUGAUAUUUCUAUUAUUUUUUUUAUUUGUUAGGUAUUAUCGUGGCUGAUCAUAUUUUUGUAAAGGUAAUAAAUCUGUACUUUUGCAUGUCAUGUGUAACUCCAUAGUGUAUUCUUUCAUCUGAAUAAUUUUUAUUUUAUAAUGUUACAUUUUCCCCCUCAUCUGAGAUAUGAAAACUUUUUUGUGCUCAUUUACUUUACUUUAACUCUUUCUCAUAUGUACCUUUUUUUUUUCGGGGGGGGUACUAUGACAUGUGUUGAAAUUAAAUAUUUUAUUUUUAUCUGAAUAAAAUUCCUUUUACACUGUUUCAGCGAUGAAAAUAUUACUUGUGAAGAUGUAUAUUUCGGAAGUUUUCUAUUCUUUGGGUCUCAGGGGAUGUUGUCUAUUGUCCGACAGUGGUAUGAGAAAGGAAAAGGGGCUGAUGGUCAGUAUUUUGCACUUUGAGAUUCUAAUUUGAUUUUCUGUUAGGGGGGUCAUUCUUGUUUUCUCUGAUACACUGAUUGCCUUUUUAAAAAAUUCAUAAAGGAGAAAGACCAUAAUGUAUUCUUACAGAAGAAAAACUUCAUCCUCCAUUGAAAUUGAAAUCUAGUGGAGACCAUAUCUGAAUUCAAGGAUCCAUACAUUGAUAUGUGGAAAAUGUGUUGAAAUUUUAUCUGAGAAAAUCCUGAGGUUCCUAUAGGUCUGCUUAUUUGCAUUUUGUCGUCAACUGUGUAUGUAUAGAUAGGCUUGAGGCAAAGUAAUUGUGUUUAGGUCCCUGUCAUCUGUUCAGGCGCUAAGACAGCACAACUAUUUGGAGCUUGAUUUAUGUCUGUUAUAACCUCAAGUAUGCAAUGUUGGCUUUAGGUGAAGUAUUUGUAUUUAGGUCCAUAUCAUCUGCUCCUUUAGAAAAUGCUUACGCAGCACAACUAUGUGGAGCAUAUAAUAAAUCUGUUCAGACUUUUGUAUAGGCAUAUCUCUGUACCAGUUCUCUCAGAAGCCACACUAACCUACUCUCUGAAUUCCAUUUCAAAGGAACUAAAACUCCAGUGUUUUUUGUGUUCUAGUAAUAUUCUGCAAAAAAAGUAAUCUGUCAAGAAUCACAUUAUGCAAAUUCUUAAUAAUUUUUAAAUAAGUGAAAUGCUCAAAAAUAUGUUUGUAUCCCUGUUGCUGCUUCUUGUUCCCCUAUAAACAAUGAGCAUCAAACUGGCAAUGUGGGUUUUUUUAAUCCCAUUAUUUUUCCAUUUCAAAAUUCUCUAUUUUAUUGUUUGAAAUUUCUUCCUGCUUGUUAAGACAAGGCUUAUUCUGUCUUCACACUCAAGCAUUUGCUCCUACAUUGUAUUUUUAUAUAUAUACUGGCUAUAUUUGUUUUAUGAAGAAAUAAUAAUUUAUGUUAUGCUUUUUAGCAUUCAUACUCGCCUCAUGAUCAGUCUUUGUAGCUCUUGUUUGACAACUUAUUCGCACACAUUGGAGUGAGAGUUUGCCCUGCUCAGACACCACAUUUUUGUUUGUGAAACCGAAAUUAGUUUAAGCAAGGAAUUGCUGAUCUUGAAGAUAUUUUAAUUGGUGCUGUUUCUCUUUUUGCGUAUUAUUCUCUUUAUAUGUAUUUUCUUUAUGAUCAAAGGGGAACACAGAAUAUUUUCCUCAAAACUAUUUUACUUCUAUCUUGUGAUGUUUAAAAAUCAGCUGAUUUUAGCAGAAAGUUGUUUCAUAUGAUAAACUGUAAUCUCAAGCCAAAGUUCACAACACUGAAGUGAGAUGGGGGGGCGGGGAAAUCAUGUCCUGGGUUCUUUCCAGUUUAAUUGACAUUCUAUUUCAAAUGGUGCAAUUAAAUGUCCUGUUUCUUUAUUUUCCUUAUUUGUACACUGAGAAGCAUUGUUAUUUGAAUAUGAGUCUCCUGCAUCAAGGUAUUGAAUUUCAGUGUCAGUAAAGUCUCUUUUCUUUAUACAGAAUUAGGUAAACUUUGUCGCUAAAUAAAUUUGCAAACGAUGUAAAUCCAACAGAGUGUUUACAUUGGUCAGGAUGACCUGAAUGGCACUAACACCAGUAGAUCAAUAGGUGUACAUCACUACAUUGGCACUGACUAGCUAAUGUGUAAACUUAGCUUUGUUUCUUUCCUGUUCACUGCCACUUUCUUCACCAAUAACCGUACUAGUACCACUAAAAUCCUCCUUGUUCUAGAUCAGAGUGAGGGAUAUCCAAUACUUCACCUUCUAAAUUAAAUAUCUCGUUGGAGUGCACUUUUUAAGGGUUUGGGGAGUGACAUGUUACAAUGAAUAGAUAUUUCGAAAGUUCACAAAAUCAAGCAAAGUUUGUGGGGGUCGAUACUUGUUUAAAUUCAAGAGGAUUUAAUGUUCCCAUAACCUCGCCUAUAAUGCACUUUCACUAGAUUUAGUGAUUAAGCUUGACAAGAAGUAGAGUACUCUUAUUAAAGACAAAGAGCCUGAAUAUGAGAAUGCUCUUGUAGAGUUUGUGUGGGGGAGGCCUGUCUAGGGAGAACUUGCGCUCAUAUGUCAACCAAUGUUGUGUCCCAUGCUUUCCUUCCUUGUUAAAUGGCCGAGUAUUAUUACACCGGUGAAUAAUUUGCUGAAGAGAAAGUUUGGUAUACGUAUUUUACCUGGAAUGGUUUAGGGCCUUGAGAGUCUGAAGAUAUUAACAUAGAAAGUAUGUGUAUUAGAGUUUGCUAGAAAUCAUUCUAUGACACUAUGAAUGCUAUUUUCCUCCAUUUGGGUGUGUCCCUUUGUGAGAUACUUCUGUUUAAUCAUAUUGUUGAGAUCAUGGGAUAGAGCCGAGUGUAGUGUUUUUCAUUUGGUACAGGCAUCCAUCACUGUACAGAAUUAUUCUGUAAUAGAGGUUUUUGCGAGAGAUCUCUACAUAGUCUACGGUGCAAAAUGAACAUUUGUCAGAAGUCAGUACACUUUCCCCCCUUUUGCUAGACAUACAUUUCAUAUCCCACAUUGUCAUAUAUUGUAGACAGUUAAGUUAUACACAGCAAGCAUUGCUCUUUGGUACAGAGCAGAGGCCUUGAGCAUGGGACACAACAUGACACUUUUAAGAUCCAUGCAGAGGACACCCACUCGGUUCAAUUGUUCCUUUGUUUGGGUCUCAAAGGCUGAUUUUUGUCCAUUUCUAUCUCUUGCCUUGCUGUUUCUUUGCUUUCUUUGUAGUUCCAAUGUUGAUAUUGAAGGGGGAAAUAAAAAAAUCCAACCCUGUGAAGAAAGUCUGAGAGAGGAGACUGAACUUCGUAAUAAUACGAUGAUGAGCUGGUAUCCCUGUAGUAACUGUUUUCUGUGGCAAGCUGAAAGUCCAUUGGUCAUGUUAUUGACCAUCAUAAAUUCACCCUCUCCCGGUCAGCAUAUUAGGAUUUCCAUCUGCAAUCUUGAAAAUGCAAUAACUUAUUACCCCCUUGUUAUCAGUUAACCUAAAUGUGUACAAAUUUUCGCCACAUCUCAGAAGAACAUAAAUUUCUUCAAGAUGCAGACCUUUGUCUGGACAAGCACCAACCUUCCCCAUUGUAUGACCAUGUAUGUGGUCACAAAGUGCACAUACAUUAUGCAGCCCAGCAGAACCUAGGUACUAUGUUUAUCUGAACACCUGUGAUUUGAUGGCCUUGUGGCAACGGACUUAAUCUUUUCUUUCUUUUUAAAUUUAUAAUUUGCAUUUCAACUAAGUAUUUAUCCAGCACAUGCAACAGAUACCAUAGAUUCCAUAGAUUAAGAAACUGAAUUUUUUUUAAAAAGUCAAAAUUUCUGGCUGGUGAAUUUUUAAUAGAUGGUCAAAGAUUUGUUUCUAAUGUUGUAAAAUGUUACCGAAACUUUAAUGAAAUGUCAUUAUUCUCAGUUUAAAAAUUCAACCAAAAAACCCCCACAACAAAUUACAGCUGUUGUAAGAAUUGUGGAUGGCUGGGAAUUGACACUAAAUUGUUGGUGUUGAAAUAAUUGUGCCUUGGCUGGUAGCAGAUGGUAUCAGGCUUCUUUUCUUUGUGAUGUUCAAGUUACCGUUUUCAUGCUUUAGCAUUCCAUAGUGAAUGUGUAGAGUAUUUGUCUCUGGUGUCUUGUGCUUUGUUUUUAAAUGAAAAUAGAGGUGUCUUAUGAGGAUUACAUUUUUUUUGGUCUCAAAUGGGCAGCUUCCUUGGAUGUUUUAGUACUUAUUGACUCGACAGUCUGUCAUAAUAUUUUUACCUAUUUCGUCUUUGUCUACCUCUAAGACUUUUUAAUGAAUUUGUGUCACUCAUGGUGGUGUUGUGAUUCUUUUCUUCAAAGGUAUUUUCAAAGUUUCAGAACUUUUUUGUUCCGAGUUUGCUCAUCUUCAGACUGCCAGACAGCUCUAACCUCCCCCACCCCCAACCCUCAAGAGGGUCUUUUUCUAUUGAGCAGGGUUAGGCUGCAUGUCCACCAAAACAUAAAUGACCUAAUUUUUGUUGGGAGGAGACAAAAUUUGGUCUGUUUGUGUGCAGCAAGUCAGGAAUAACCGAUCAUGAAUGAUUAAAAAAAGAAAAUUAAUAGAAUUGUUUGUGGCUUAGGUGUGAACUUUGCUAGUUUUGAGGCACUGCUUAUGAAUAUGACAUUAGACUUUUCAUCAGAAACUGAAAUUAUAAAUUUAGCUCUGUCUGGGCCUAUGGCGGAUGAGUCACAACAAGACGCAGCUAAAAUGCUGCAUGCAGCAUUACAACUGACUCAACUUCUGUUGGGAAAAGUUGGGUCGUUAUGGUGGACACAGCGUAGUGGAGUUGUCAGUGAUAGCUAAGGCAAAAAGCGGUAUUCUUUUUGAACUACUGAUUUUCUGAGAGACGGAUAUUUAUGAUCCGUUGGUCUUUGGUUUGGUGGACGUGCGGGCUUAGAAGCUGGUUUAAGAAUGAAAAAGCAUUAACUCUCCUGAAAAAACAAAAACCUCAUGGACUGGAGGUUAUAGUUUACUUCACCAGUUCCAGAUGGAAAAGCUUGUGUCUCUGAUGUAAUGGUUAGGUCCUUCACCUUGCACGCAAAAGAUUUGUGUUUUAUUCACAUGUGGAGAACUCCUGCCUGUAGAAUAGGUUCAAAGUAGCACCUUGUCUCAUAAAUGAUGUUAUAUUGUGUCUGUGGGGGUGUGUAAAUUUUACAAGCAAUUAACCAGUUGAAAACUUUUAAACAAGUAUACAUAUUUUUUUUGGUCUAACAUGAGGAUUGAAAAAUCUUGACACUGAAAGAGUUGACUGUUGAUUGAUUUAACUGCGCUCAGCCUUUUAUAAUUAAUCUAGGCUGCUUUUUUACGUUGGUGUUCUGAAAUUGAAUAUAAUUUACUUGACAUGGCCUUUCCUAAGAAAUUAUUGAACAUUGUUUCUGUGAGAGUCAGCUAUUAGCGAAAGGCUGUGCCAUGUAAUCUCUGCAACGUUUUCAUUUGUGAGUCUGCUGUAACUGGUUACAACAACUUCAUUUUAAUAUGUUUUAUGUUGCAUUUUGUAAAAUGAUUGGGGUAACAUGUUUUCCAAUUGUUCUGUCCUUACAUCUAGAUUAUCUGUGAAUCUUCUUUUACUGUACUCCUUGGCCGUUUUUACCUCUGAGGGAAUAUAAAAUAAUUUGCUGUUUUACCCACUUUGUUUUCAAAGAUAUUUUGUCAGUGUUCAUUAGUGAUACCACCUCUCUUACUUUUUAAGAAGACUCCCCCCCCCCCCUAGCUUAGUUGCAUUUUUUUAAAAGCUAUUUUCAUGUAGUCAGUAAGUACUUGUUGUACUUUCAUAGACUGUUUCUGUAUAAUAAUAUAUUUUCAUGAUUUGAACUCUGUCCUAUCAAUCAAUUUUUAAAAGAAUUGGAAAAAAUUAUGUCACAUGGCUGGAGAGUGUAGUUGGAGUGUCCUAUCUUUUUUGUUUUCUUGUUCUUUUAUGAUAAUGUGUGUGUUGUCUGUAUUGUGCGAUGUUUUUAUUUUUUCUUAACUAGAUUUACAGAAAAAACAACUUCCUUAUGGAAAAAAAAUCUGUUGUCGUUUUGUGCUACUCCUGUUGUUCUCCCAUUUGUAAGAUAUGCUGUCCCUUCAUGUGCUCAAAUUUAACCACAUGCUGAUAGAUGGAUAUUACUUACUUACUACCCGUUACGCCAUCUGGCGUUUAGGGCAGCAAACAAAGGAUCUCUAGCUCUGUCUGUUUUGGGCCAUCUUGGUCAACGUCCCCCACGAAUGGUUCCAGGAUUUCGUUUCAGAAGAUGGAUAUUAGAUUAUAUUUAUUUCCUUGAAAGGGGGAUUCAUGGGCAGAAAGAAUCAAAGGUGAGAGAGUCUGAAAGUAUAAAGAUGUCCUACUUUGACUCUUGAUUGAAAGUGAAAGGGAUCCAAUCGAUAUUAUUCCUUUAGUGUUUUUCCUUUUAUUUCAAAUUUUGAUCUUUUUGCACGUUAAUACUUUGCAGUCACUUGGCGCAAUAAUGCGCUGGUGAAAAUUAUCUGUUCUGGUGUGGCUCAGUCCUGAGAAGUCCCUUGCAGUCACUCUCCUGGCUGGGUGACCAGAUUGGGUAUGUGGUACUGCUGGCUGUGUGACUGCAAAGUGUUAAUAGAGCUGGGUCGGUACGACUACAGAGUACUUUUUAGAGUACCAGCACAGGUACAUAUUUUCUUUACUGAGUCAACCUUUUUUUCUUUUUGUUUAGAAAUUUUUCUUGGAAUUUCUUUCACAUUGAAAAAAUAGUUAUAAGGAUAAUUUGAGAGACAAAUUCUCGUGAAUUGUUUUUUAGAAAUAUUUUGCAUGCAAUUUCAGUUGUUGAGCCAUGUUGAUUAUUUCCUCUAUGAUUUGAUGUCACAUGGUAAUGAAGCACAAUAUAGCUCUGGAGCUCAAACUUCACGACUUUCAUCUAGUGGAACCACGGACAUCUUCAAUGCAGUCAUUAUGUAGGGAUGCUGUUUUUCUCUGUUAUUUCUGUUAUUUUCACGGGGGGAAAAAACCCCCAAAACAAGAGUUAUUAUUCUCAGUAUUUGUUUUCUGUUUAACCCCAUAUUUGUUGUUUGCUACCUGUUUUUUUGUUUGCAAAUGCAACUGGAAAUUUUCAGUUAUCUUGACAAAAUUCCGAGUGGCAUCCUUGAUUACAAUGAUAAUAUAUAGCCUCAGAGCUCAUUGCACUAAGGUUCUUUAUCUUUUGGUCAGACUCUUUGUGUGCACAAAGUGUUCAGUUCCUGUGUUAAAAAAUUUUGUUUAUCAAGUAUCUUUUGUUUUGCUGUGAUGCUGUUUUCCUUUCAGCUCAGGCAGGCCCCAAAACACAGAGUCAAAGUAGCAUGCUUCAUUAUUGAUCUAAAUUGUGUUGACGUGGGUGUAAAAAAUUUAUAGUCAAGAGCUCUUUGUAAUAAACGUUGAUUUGACAUCGUGGACAAAGUGUUUUGAGUCUAAGAUUCGUGCUUAUGUUAUCGUGAUGUCAUUCUAGCUCUACUCCUUGUACUUAUAAACUAACUCAUGAAAAUUUAAUUAAACUUAAAUAUGCUUGCAGAGAAUAUUGUUAUGUAGGUAGUGGUGAAUAUUUGCAUUUAAUGUUUUGUGUUGUUUGUUGAGUUUGUGUGAUGUUUAUUUUGUGUAAGGGAGAUAACCCAAGUGGCUGCAAAUUUUUUUUAGCUCAUCUGAAAAUCAAGAAUAUAUUGUGAUCAGAACUUUUAGUGUUGAUGUCUUUUAUUCUCUAUGCAAUGUUAUUUUGACACUUGUUUACUUACAUCAUGUGUAUUCUCUUUGAUGACCAAAAGAAGGCUUCCAUUUAAGAACUGAACUUUAGCAUCAUUUUUCUUUUGGGCUUUUGAAGUGUAAAAGUUCACUGGUCAUGCUCGUAGAGAAAAGUGACUGGAUAGUGAGAUAAAAUGGUCUGCAGUUUAUAUUUCCUGUUAAAUCCGCCUAUGAAUGGUGAAAAUACGGUAAAAUGUGUACCUUUCUAUAAGCGACUAAUCGGUAGGCCUAAUUAGGUAGAAACAACAAUUUUGAUCACUAAAUUGUUCUUGACUUUUCCCUGAACAUUUACAAAUUUGAGGCCUGGAUUGAUAGUCUGUAAACAAAUUAUAGAGGAGUGUAAAGAAAGUAUUUGCAGAAUUAAUUUAAGUAAACUGUUGACUAUUUAAAAAUGUUUUUAUUUUUAAGUUAGGCCUUUUUGCGUUUGUUUGUCUCAAGUUUUCAUUUGCUGAAGUCUGUGAAAGAAAAGGGCACAAGUCCCAUGAUCUCUAAGUAGCAUUCUUUUCUUUGAUAAGUAUACUCGCACAUCUAGUCAUUAUUGACCUUUGUGCUGCACAGUGUUCUUUUGUUCUUCUGUUGUUUUUUUCCCGUCUUUCUUCCUUUCCUCAAAGCGCAGCUUGUCUUCACAACUUUUUUAUUGCUUGUUGUGAAUCAUUUUUUUAUACUAUAAAUUUUUUUCCUCCCGACAAUUGAGUUAAUUUUAUUUAUCUUUGGGAUUUGCUAUUUUUUAGUUCACUUAGAAAAUAGUUGUCAACGUAUGAAAAUCAAACUCUCAUAGGUGGUUAAAAGCUAUUAUGCAUGCAAUUUCAACAGUGUAGUCCCUAUUCUUGCCAUUGUUUUGAAUGUGAUGAGGCCCCAAAAAAACCUCUUUUUUUUGUUAAAGAGUCUUGAGUCCAUUUCCUAUAUCUGGGAACAUGUUGUUUUUUUAAAUGCACUAUGUAGAUUCUAGAUCCACUCUGGCAAGAAAGAUCAAGAGUACUUCAGUUUGAUGGAUUUUUGUACACCUCAGGUUGGUUCUUAAUUAUAGGCUACUGUCUUCAGCCUUAACAUUUUUGUUAUGCAGCCAGCCAGUGUAGUAUCUGAAAUUGUAUUUAUUUUGAUGUUUUCUUUGGAUUUUCAGUAUUAUUGUAAUUCAGAUUAAGUUUAUUAUUGUUUCACUAAACUUACAAAAAGAGCUUUUAUAACUCUAGUCUCGAAAUUUGUGUCGUCAGUGCCAGUAUACACUGUUAAUUCUCUCCCUUGUGCUCACAUUAUUGUUUUACAUUUUAACGCUUGCUUUUACUGUAAAGAGGUUUUGAAUUUUAUUUCAACAAAUAAAUGUAAUUGUGUAGAAAAAAA